GCUUAUUGAAAGGCAAUGGAGUGGAUGGAUCCCAUUUCCAUAUUUUUACUUUUUGUCCUGACUGUUCUGUUUAUUAUGAAAACUGAAAAAUUCUGGAAUAGCAACUUCCAAGAGGAUUUCCCCCCGGGACCAAAGCCUUUACCCAUCAUUGGAAAUCUGCAUAUAAUGGACCUGAAGAGGCCCUACCGGACUAUGCUGGAGCUGUCAAAAAAAUAUGGCCCAGUCUUCAGCAUUCAGAUGGGAUGCCAGAAAAUGGUGGUGCUGGCGGGAUACGAGACAGUGAAGGAGGCUCUUGUGAACCAGGCAGAUGCAUUUGCAGAGAGACCUAAAGUUCCAGUACUUGAAGAGAUUUCAAAAGGAUAUGGUGUUAUUUUUUCUCACGGCAAUAACUGGAAAGUGAUGCGAAGAUUUACUCUCACGACCUUACGGGACUUUGGAAUGGGCAAGAGGGCCAUAGAGGACCGGAUUGUUGAAGAAUAUGGAUUUCUGAUGAAGGAUAUUGAAUCUCAUAAAGGAAAGCCCUUUGAUAUCGCUACAAUUAUGAAUGCUGCAGUUGCCAAUAUCAUUGUGUCAAUAUUACUUGGAGAACGGUUUGACUACAAAAAUCCCACAUUCUUAAGACUACUAAGUUUGAUGAGUGAAAACGUCAGGCUGGCUGGAAGUCCGUCAGUUACGCUAUAUAACAUGUUCCCAGCCCUUGGAUUUCUACUCAGGAAUUACAAGAUUCUUUUGAAGAACACAAGUGAAUUGCAUUCUUUUAUACAGCGUACUUUCAUAGAACACCUGAAAGAACUGGACAAAAAUGAUCAGAGAAGUUUUAUUGAUGCAUUCCUUGUAAGACAGCAGGAGGAGAAAAGUAAUCCCAAUGGAUAUUUCCAUAAUGCCAACUUAAUAAGACUUGUGACCAACUUGUUUGUUGCUGGCAUGGAGACCACUUCCACCACGCUGCGCUGGGGACUUCUGCUAAUGAUGAAAUACCCCCAAAUUCAGAGCAAAGUCCAAGAAGAGAUCGCAAGAGUUAUAGGAUCAGCCCAGCCACGAAUCGAACAUCGAACUCAAAUGCCGUAUACGGAUGCAGUUGUCCAUGAAAUUCAGAGGUUCGCUAAUAUCCUGCCCAUGGACUUGCCUCAUGAAACCACUGAGGAUGUGACUCUUAAAGGCUACUUUAUUCCAAAGGGAACUUACAUCAUCCCCUUACUGGCCUCUGUACUGCAGGAUGAAUCUCAGUGGAAGAAACCAGAUACAUUCAGUCCUGAGCAUUUUCUUGACUCCAAAGGAAAGUUUGUAAAGCAAGAGGCUUUCAUGCCUUUUUCAGCAGGUCGGAGGAUCUGUGCAGGUGAGACUCUUGCCAAAAUGGAGCUCUUCCUCUUCUUUACGAGCCUCCUGCAGCGGUUCACUUUCCAUCCUCCUCCUGGAGUUACCAGCUCAGACCUGGACCUCACCCCGGCGGUUGGGUUUACCACGCCCCCAAUGUCCCAUAAGAUCUGUGCUGAGCCACGUUCUUAGAGCUCCUUGCCUUAGGCCAGGUCUCACUACAAAGUUUGGCGGAUCUAGGUAUGAUGGUCAGAAAAUCACAUGCCUGACAUAGCUAUGUCAGCAACACCCUCCCCCCACCUCCAAUGUAGAUGCAGUUUAUACCAAGAGAAGAGUCUUUGCGAUGAUCUACUUGAUGUUGUUCAGGGAGGUAGUUUAAGGUCCUCGCAAAAUAUCUAAUUUUGCCAGCAUAGGCUGGGUCUCCACUACAGGGCUUUGCUCGUAUAGUUACAUCAGUAUAGCUGUAUCAGCAAAGCCGUGGUGGUGUAGACUAACCCUUACUCAUGUGUAUCUUCAGUCCUCCCUCUGCAGACUCUCUCUGGUACACGGCCGUGCACUGGCCUUUGGCUGUGGUUUGGCCCAUGGUUUGUUAGGACCCCAUCCUAGCCUCAGUUACAGCAAUGGGCAACUCCAUUGACUCCAAUGACUUUAGCAAGUUUGCACAGGUGUAACUGGGACUAGAGUCUUGUAUUGUCUGUUACAUUGUACAAUCUGAGAGGAGCCUCUGUGCCUAGCCCAGAACUUGGCCAUUCGCAAUAUUACACAUUACUGUGCAACCAAGAGGCAACAUCCAACGGAGCGGGAGCUGAAACAGCAGACUGAUGCAGAACACACGGUCCAAUGUCCUCUGCACCAAAAUCCCCUGGAUGUUGCUAUCUCCACAGAUGCUGACCCUGCAUCUUCAGUUGUUAUUACUCCCUACGUUGAUGAUUUCCAACUCGGUGGGAGGGACAUAGGAGAAGUGAGGAGUCUGCUCUGGAGGGAGGUGUGAUGAUGACAUUCAGUAACAAAAAAGAAACCUCUGCACUCCCAGGGCUGCCCCUGACCUCUGAGACUAUGUCUACGCUAGGGGAUCACACGUGUUGUACCUUGUAUAGGAAAAGCACAUUGCACACACUAGCGGCUCCUGGCAUCUCUCCAUUCCCCAUGCAAGCUCCUUCUGUUGCACUCUCCCAUCCCCUUCUUUGUCAGGGACCCCCUGCAACUCCCACCAACCUCCCCCAUGCUAGAAGUUCUGUGAAUCUCAGUUCUCCCUCCUCCCAUACCAGGAUCCCCCAUUCUCUCCUCCUGCCACAGUGGCUUUGUGUGCACCCCAUAUCCUAAUUCCCUCCAUUCCACUCCAUGGCCGAGGCUCUGUGUGUCCCCCUUCACCCAUACCAGCUUCUCCCAAUCUCUCUCCCCAUCAGAGGUUGUGUGCCCCCCAUGCCUCUCUCCCACCUUUUCCAGGGUCCUCCAUUCUCUCCCCAGGGCAAAGGUUCUGUGUGCACCCCCACUCUCAUCUAAGUCUCCUAUUCUUCUCUAUACCGGCCAUAGAAUUUUCUUUGAUACCUUUAGCUUCCCCCAUCAAUUGUAUGCAUUUCUUAGCUGCUACUUUGUAAUCAUUUCUAUCAGCUCCCCCAUUUUUCUAUUUGCUAUAUAUAUAUUUUUAUGGAUGCUUUCAUCUCCCCUCUUAGCCAGAUAUAUAAUUCCCCCUCUCAAAAAACCCCCCCAAAAACAAAAAAUCCUUUUCUGUGAUUGUGGAAUUCUGUUUUGGGGCAUUUAAUAAAGCAGUGGUUCUCAACUAAGGGUGUAUAGGGGUACGCAGAGGUCUUCCAGGGGAGUACAUCAACUCAUCUAGAUAUUUGCGUAGUUUUACAACAGGCUACAUAAAAAGCAUGAGGGAAGUCAGUACAAACUAAAAUUUUAUACAAUGACUUGCUUAUACUGCUCUAUAUACUAUACACUGAAAUGUAAUUACAAUUUUUAUAUUCCAAUCAAUUUAUUUUAUUAUUAUAUGGUAAAAAUGAGAAAGCAAGCAAUUUGUCAGUGAUAGUGUGCUGUGACACUUUUGUAUUUUUAUGUCUGAUUUUGUUAGCAAGUAGAUUUUAAGUGAGGUGAAACUUGGGGGUACUGAACACAAAUCAGACUCCUGCCAGGGGUACAGUAGUUUGGAAAUGUUGAUAGCCACUGUAAUAAAGCAUUCUUAAGCACUUCCCAAUUAUACUUUCUUGUUUUUAAUUUUUUUUCUCCCACUCAGUUUCAUGAUUGUCUUUAGCUUUAGGAAAUUAGCCCCAUUCAGUAAUAUAUACAGUUGCGGCUUUAAAAAAGCUAUCUUCUGUUUGCACAUACCAAAUGAAAUUAGUUCACGAACACUUGCACGUAGGCAACCUUCAUACAUAAUAAAGUGGCUGAAUGACUUGUUUACUACAAAACUCUAUUCAGUAUUAAUUAUGGAGCUGUGACCAAUGCCUUCAUAAUCUCGGUAUCAAAAGAGUUCAGACAUUGUUAGCGCCAACAAAAGAAAAUACUUCACCAUGUGUUUCAGUCCAAUUUUAUGAUGGUGUAACUCCUCUGAAAUAAUUGAUUUACGUGAGUGUGAAACUGAGUACAGCUGUAGUGAAUCAGUCCCAUAAUACCUGCAGAACUAAACAAAGAUAAAAGCUGCCCCUAAGCAUAGAUCAAACAGUUAGUACGUGUUACAGAAGUACCUCCUUGCUAAUGUUUACCUACAACUUUUGCAGCCCAGUGGAUCUAAUAAACAAAAGCAACAAAUGAGGUGACACUAGCAUCUCCAACUACACACCUGAACGCUGCUGAUAACCUGGACAUUUACCAUUCAGCUUUUAGUGAAGGAAAUGGCACACAUGUUAUUCACACUAGUCAACGAUCUCCUGGACAUGGGUAAUUUAAAACAAACCAACCUCUAUUAGGGAAGCGAAGUUGGAUUAUUCUGAUAUUCAUCAAUUUUUAAGGCAAGGAGAGACAAUUAUGAUAAUCUAAUCUGACCCUCUGGAUAACAAAGGCCACAGAUUUCACCUUGUGAUUCCUUCAUUUAGCCCAGGGGUUCUCAAACUUCAUUGCACCAUGACCUCUUCUGACAACAAAAAUUGACCUCAGGAGGGGGGACUGAAUCCUGAGCCCACCUGAGCCCCACAGCCCCAGGCGGGGGCCAAAGCCGAAGCCCAAGGGCUUCAGACCCAGGCGGGAGGCCUGUAACCUGAGCCCCUCCGCUCAAGGCUGAAGCCCUCUGGCUUUGGCCCUGGGCAAUGGGGCUCGGGCUUCAGCCCUGGGCCCCAGCAAGCCAAAUGUCAGCCCUGGAAAACCCAUUAAAACAGUGUCGUGACUCACUUUGGGGUCCUGACCCACAGUUUGAGAACCGCUGAAGCCAAACAACUUGUGGUUGACCUAUAGCAUUUCUUUUAGAACGAUAUCCAGACUUGACUGAAAGAUUCCAAGCGAUGGAGAACUUACCAUGUGGUUACUUACCCUCACUGUGAAAUGUGAGUGCCUUAUUUCUAGCUUGAACAUCACUGACUUCAGCUCCCAGUCAGAUCUUGUUAUGCCUUUGUCUGCUACACAAUGAGCUCUUUAAGAUCAGAUAACUUCUCCCUGUGCUGGUAUGUUCAGACUGAUGGAAUUACUCCUUAACCUUCUCUUCAAUAAAGUGUAUGGAUUGAUUUUGAUUUUCAGUAUAAGAGAUGUUGUCCUGACUUUCAAUCAUUCCUGAAGCUUUUUUCUUAACCCUCUCCAAUUUUUCAACAUCUUUUAAAAGUGCGGACAGUAGAAUUGGACCCAUCAUCCAGUCAGUGGUCUUACCAAUGCCUUACAUACACACAGGUACUUCCUCUCGGCUCUUAGAAUACCAUAGGUCUGAAUCCAUGUCAAGAAAACCAAAGAUGGAGAUUAAAAUAUUUUGUUUAUUAAUUUUAGUUCCUUUAAGUUCACUGAACUGUGCUUUCUUGCAAUUACUGUAGGCUUGAUUCUGCAAGACUUACUCAUGAGUAGGAAUUGCGCUUGCAAGUAGUUCCGUUGAAAUCAGAACUCACAAUGUCUGAAAUUCACCCCUGGACUGAUGGUGACUUUAAGGCUAUGUCUACACUACACACCUUUUAGAGACAGCUGUGCCGCUAAGCAGGGGUAGGCAAUCUAUGGCACGCGUGCUGAAGGCGGCACACGAGCUGAUUUUCAGUGGCACUCACACUGCCCAGGUCCUGGCCACCGGUCCGGGGGGGCUCUGCAUUUUAAUUAAAUGUUAAAUGAAGCUUCUUAAACAUUUUAAAAACCUUAUUUACUUUACAUACAACAAUAGUUUAGUUAUAUAUUAUAGACUUAUAGAAAGAGACCUUCUAAAAACGUUAAAAUGUAUUACUGGCACACGAAACCUUAAAUUUGAGUGAAUAAAUGAAGACUCGGCACACCACUUCUGAAAGGUUGCCGACCCUGCCCUAAAAGGUGCACAGUAUAGCCACCCUUUGUCGGCGGGGACAGCUCUCCUACCGACAAAAAAAUUCCACCCUCAACGAGCAGCGGUAGCUUUGUUGGCGGGAGAGCUCUCCUGACGACAAAGCGCUGUUCAUACCGGUGCUUGUCAUUGGUAAAACUUUUGUCAUUCAGGGUGUGGUUUUUUCACACCCCUGAAUGAAAAAAGUUUUACCGACGAAAGUCCAGUGUAGGCAAAGCCUAAGUCCUAUUUAAAUCCUCAAAACAGGGUCUAAAUGAAUCUUAAGUGGCAGCUGUCUCUCUGCACAGAGAUUAAUUUAAUCCAUUGUGUGUAUGAUUUCCAGAACUGGCCUACAUUUGGUAUCUUUAUCAGUAAAGCUUUGGCUUUACUCUCAUGCCUUUUUUUUGUAAUGGCCACUUUGUGUUUCUAAAGUAUGCACAGAAUAUUGAUAAGAUCUUUACAUGUUCAUCAGAGUAUUUCAUCCAAUCAACAAAGGAAUAAAAUGUGGGACCUGGAACAGCUACAAAAGUGAACAUUUCUGUGUUUCUGAAAAUAGUAUAAAAUGUGUUACAACAAACAGGCGUUUCAUUCAGAGAUAAAAGCUUCUAUGUAACACAGUACACAUAGGAUUUGCCAUAUUGGUCUGCCUAGCCCAGCCUCCUGUUUUAUGUUGUUCAAUGCUGGAUACUUCAGAAGAACAUGUAAAACCUCCAAUGGGAUAUUUACUUUAUGUAAUUCUACAUUAUAGAGGGCAUUUUCUCCCCAACCUUCAGAGGCAAGCCCUAAAACAAGGUGAAAAUGGUCGAUUUAAUUUCAUGCUUUAACCUUUUCAAAAUCUUUCUGGUACCGCUAUUUGUCAGACCUGUAGCUUGAAGGAAUGAGUUCCAUAGGUUAAUCUUACACAAUUCCUCUUCUUUUUAAAUUAGUUUCUUUUCUGGUUCAUCAUGGAACCCUCUUGUCACUGGACUAUGACACAUGGUGAACAGGAGCUGAUCUUCUCCGAGCUAUUAUUUUAUGCACCUCUUUUCAUAGGGAAUUUUGUGAAUGCUUCUGAUUUUAAUUUUUGUUGAUAUUCUUGCCACUUUUCCUUUUCUGUCGUUCGAGAUGUGGUGUGUCCCCAGAGGAGGCGGCAUAACAUAAUGGCAUUCUAAUAUUCUGCCUCUGAUUCUGCUGUGAUUUGAACAAAUGUCCUUACUGACCUUUCCUUAACGGUACAGUUCCUUAACGGUAACUUUUAUUGAGACAGCGCUUAGCUCAGAACCAGUCAAUGUACUUGAAUAGGCUUCAGUUUUUCCUUCCAAUGUAUGGUAUUUUUCACUUGUAUAUACUGGUUACCUAGUUUUGGUAGGUCCUUCUGGACUGGCUCAUCAAAUCCUGCCUUGACUGGUUUAACCUAAAUAAUUUAGCGCCAAUAAAAAUGUUGUCACUUUACUAUUCACUUCUUUCUCUGGGUCAUUAAUAAAUGCUAUAUUGAAAAAAAAAAAAAAACAAAAAAACUAAAUCACGCUGUCUGGCUUUCCCAGUCAACUUGGUUAAGAAAAUAGGCACCUCUUUAUUCUCUGGGAUCUUGUGGAUCCCACACAGUCUCUCAAAGAUGGACAGUUAUUCCUCAGUGCAGUCAGUCUCUUGAUAAAUUGGACAGGCUUUCUCCCACUCCUUUCUGGUGAAAGGUUUCAGAGUAGCAGCCGUGUUAGCCUGUAUCCGCAAAAAAGAACAGGAGUACUUGUGGCACCUUAGAGACUAAGAUUUGUGUCCAUUUAUUCUUUUGCGUAGAGACUGGGGCUCGUUCACCUGCACAUCUACCAACGUGAUACAUGCCAUCAUGUGCCAGCAAUGCCCCUCUGCCAUGUUCAUUGGCCAAACCGGACAAUCUCUAUGCAAAAGACUAAAUCGACACAAAUCUGACAUCAGGAAUCAUAACAUUCAAAAACCAGUGGGAGAACACUUCAACCUCUCUAACCACUCAGUGACAGACUUGAAGGUGGCAAUUUUGCAACAAAAAAACUUCAAAAACAGACUCCAAAGAGAGACUGCUGAACUUGAAUUAAUAUGCAAAUUAGAUACAAUUAACUUAGGUUUGAACAGAGACUGGGAAUGGUUGGGUCAUUACACUAAUUGAAUCUAUUUCCUCAUGUUAAAAUAUCCUCACACCUUCUAUGGGUCAUCUCAAUUAUCACUUCAAAGGUUUUUUUCUCUCUCCUGCUGAUGAUAGCUCAUCUCAAUUGAUUGGCCUCUUACAGUUGGUAUGGCUACUCCCACCUUUUAAUGUUCUCUGUAUGUAUAAAUAUCUUCUGUGUGUUCCAUUCUAUGCAUCCGAAGAAGUGGGCUGUAGCCCACGAAAGCUUAUGCUCAAAUAAAUUUGUUAGUCUCUAAGGUGCCACAAGUACUCCUGUUCUUUUUUCUGGUGAAAGGGGAUGUGCUCACAGUCGGAAACUGCUCCUUGUGCUGCUCCAGGAGCUGCAACGUGUGAGCUUCCCUCUGUUUCUGCGGUGCUCUUUCCUCAGCUCCUAGUUGUUCAAUGUGUCUUAUGUGAGCUUCCUCCUGAAUUUCAGUGGUGGCUUUGUGUCUUUGGUAGGCCCUCUUCUCAGACUCCUUGGUUUCAUUCUUCUUGAUCUGGAGUUCCACCAUCAGCAUGUGGUGCUCAUGUUCUUUCUGGGCUUCCAGGAGCUUUAGCCAAACCAAUUCCAUUGCAGCAAUCUCUGCGGCAGCUGAGGUAAGGGGUGCUCAAACCCUGCUGCUUGGUCAAAGUCUAUGUGCAAAGCUCUCAGUUCCUCAUCCGAGGCUUUCUUUUUAUGGGAUAUUCCCCUAUUUUUACAUAAUUUUUUCAAGGUCUUUUGUGUCAAGGCCCUCAUAUGAUUGCGAUUCACUCAUUGUGACUAGUCUUUAACCCUUAAAACUCUCCAUCAAAUUUAAACUUUUAACAGGUCAACUCAGUUGACCUGUGGCAAGUGAAUCCUGUCAAGACUAUGCCAAUUGUCAGGCUGUCUGGAGUUCUCAUAACUGUGAGUGGCUACCUCAGGCAAGGUCCGACGAGGGGGGGCGGAAGCCGGUACAAAUUACCAGGGCCUGGCUUCCCCCCCCUCGUUGCCUUACCGGGGCCCGGCGGUCCAGAAGGGGGCCCAGGGCCCGGCUUCCCUGGCUUCCCCCGGUCUCGUUGGCCCUGUUUAGCCGGUCCACCUUUGCUGGGGGGCCCGAACCCGCUCUCGGUGGCCCUGACCUCAGGGCAGACUGUCAGGAAACUGGUAGUGUGUUCUAUAAAUUAGAUUUCACCAAGCCAGGGACAAUUGUGAACUCCUGGAUCUCUAUACCAGUCUUACCAUGGAGUUACACGGAGUCCCCUUAGACCCUCCAGUCUGUUUUGUGACCCAGACAAACUAGACUUUGUGAUAAAAUGAUUACUUACACUAAAACUCAGACCACAUUUAGGUUGCUUCCAGUCCCAGGAAAAGAAAAGAGCUGGUAGGAAGCAAGCAGUUCCCAACCAAGAUACAGACAUUUGCAAUAACUGUCAAGGAUCAUGCAAAUCUUGGAUUGGCCUAUUCAGUCACAUGAGACAUUGCAAACCAUCCACAUCAAAGCAGCAAUUCCCACCAUCUCUCGCAGACGAAAGGAUGCCAACAAACAGU